UCGACGUCACUCGCGCGUCGCGUUCACUCUCAGCAUAGGCUGGUUGUGGCGUCGUGUCGCUUGUUUAUACGGACAAAAUAGCAUGCGAAAAAGUGCGAAGAAACGCAGUGCUUUAGUGAAUCCAGACGUUACCAUGCAUUGCUGAUGUAAGCUGAUCUGUGUUCAGUGUCUCUGAUGGAGCUGAAAGUUUGGGUGGAUGGAGUUGUACGAGUGGUUUGCGGCCUGUCAGAAGAGACAUCAUGUCAGGACGUAGUCAUUGCACUCGCCCAAGCCAUUGGCCAGACGGGUCGUUACAUUCUCAUUCAGAGACUGAGGGACACCGAGCGCCAACUUCUGGCCAAUGAGCGCCCACUGGAGUCCCUGGCCAAACUGGGCCAACACAGCAGCGAGGUGCAGUUCUUCCUGCGGCGGACCGGUCCCAGUAGCAGUGAAGAGCAAAGUCUGCAUAACCGCACCCUCCCUCACUCCAAGCCUUCCACAUCAGAACCCAAACGGGGAUUGCCAAAGAAAUCUUAUACCUUCAACUUGGGCCCCUCCAGUUCUCCCCGUGUGAAAACUAAGGACUCUCAUACAACACCUUCUCCUGAACAGAGGGCGUCCCCAGUUCCACACACGCAGUACCUUCCGGGGCCAUCUAAAGAGGAGGUGCUCCGGCAUGUUCUCCAGCAGCGGGAGCAGCUACAUGCCUUCGAGUCCCAGCUGUUGGCAGUCGACAAGGAAUGCGAGACUUGGGAACAGUCGUCUGCUGAGGAGUCAUCCCUGCAGGCAGAGAUGGAAGUUUUGGAGAAGACCCUGUGGAAGAACCAGCAGGAGUUUGUGGACAAGGAGUUCUGGGAAGAGGAACUAAGGAUAGAGACCGAAAGGGAGUGUGGGAUGAAGCGCCGGUUAGGAGAGCUGCAUGCUAAACUGGAUGAUUGUGGGCAAAAGUUGCACGAAUUCAACACUCGCGCCAUGCAGCUUGAGGAAGACAUUCGGAGAGAAAUGCUACAGGCGGACAUCUUGCCCACCCAGUCCAAUUCAAAAGACUCUUUGGGGGUAGUCGAGGCAGAUCUUCAAAAUCGACAAAAGCAGGGGGAGGAAUUGGAGGCGGAGCUUUUAGAGCUUGAGAAGGCUUUGGGGAGGGCGGAGACUCUGCUGAAGGCUAAGCAGGAGGAAGUGGAGGAGUUGAAUAAGGAGCUGAGACAGUGUAAUUUACAACAGUUUAUCCAGCAGGCUGGAGCCCUGCCUAUUCAUACUCAGCCCCGCACAGACCUCAGUGAACACCCAGAACAACUGGACCUGACUCAACAACAGCAGGACAAACACAAAGACAGUGAUUCGCCCCCACGUCCCACUGCCAAGCAGUUCCUGGGUCACCCGCGCAACCUGCAGCACCCCCUGGUGUCCAGCCUGAACCCUGAGGGUGUGUAUGUGUGACAGAUGCUGCCGCUGCUGCUGCUUCCCUGCCUGCACCCCCAGCUGCCACACACACGCCCGUGGCAGCAGCCCUUUCUGGGUGACGGUGCCUGCAUGGUGGCCCUCCUUAACCGCCCUCUUCUGAUCAACAGGCCUGAUUAUUGUAGCACUUUAGCUGAAAGGCACUGCGUCAACUAAUUUACACAACAUAACCGUAGUUCAAUCCAAAACUGAUAUAUUUUCAGUCACUGUAUAUUAGUGCUAUUAAUGUGCAGUAUAUGCUUAUUUGUCUGUAAAUAUAGAUGUUACAUAUUACAAUGCUAUGAAGUCAGUAUGUAGUGCCUUUUAAAAAGAAGUGUUACCACAACCUGUGCUCUUCAACACUUUAGUUUAAGGGAUAGUGGGUUGGUCUUAAAUUACAUCUUGACAAGCUGCUAAAAACUUUUGUUGAAGUCGAGAUAUUUUUGCUUACGAAGAUGUAAUUUAACUUCAAAUUUGAUGCAAACAAAAGUGUUUCUGCCAUGUUCCCUUGAGUUCUACACUCCUUGUCUUCUUUUCGCUCUUCUGUCCCAGUUUGGUGUCCUUACGUUUUGAGUCCUAACAGCUGUUUUGCUGAUUUAUAGUGCAGCUGUGUGUGUGUGUAUGUGUGUGUGUAUUAUUAAAGGGAUAUUUCAUCCAUUAAAUAAAAUUUUUCAGUUGUCAUUUACUUUACUUGGUGUUGCAAACCUAUAUGUAGGACAUUUUGAAGAAUGUUCACGCUGCUCUUUUCCAACCAGGAACGUUUUCCCAGACUUCUGUGGUGAGCUGGACUCAGCAUAGCUUUGACACGUUUAGUGUCAUUGAUGUCCAACUGGGGCGACAUCUAUGUGAGAAGUUUGAAUAUGCGUAAAUGCAUAUAGAUUAUCAUUUAAUAAUGACUUCAGUUUGGGUCUCUUUCGCACACAAAUAUAUCAUGUGACUUCUGAAGGCUUCUA